CGUUCUCUCGCGAUAUUUCAUUGUUUAGGUUCGUUCGCCAACGUUAGCUAACAACAAGAGCUCGCCAGUGGAUUAUUUCGAUUGAUAAUUGUAUUUCAACAAUUACACAACCAAUAAUAUUCGUAAACAGACAUAAAACAGACGAUUAUGUAACCUAGUUAGCUAACUAACCAACAGGUUAUAAGUAAUGCGGAUGUGCACGCUUCCUCCAUUCCCUAACGGCUCUUCAGCUUAGCGGCUAGCUCGGGCUAUCUGUCGUUAGCUUUGACGUCCGUGUUGUGUUUUGUCUCUAGUUAACUUGUUUCACUGCAGUCGCGUUAGUUUGCUACAGUACAACCACAGUAAAUUAAUACUAUACCAAGUCCCCAACCACCUCUUGGGGCCCAUAUCCAGGUGUUACAGAGAAUGCUGGCUACCGGAGCGGCUGUAACCACAGCCCUGGCCCAGGUGGACAGGGAGAAGAUCUACCAGUGGAUCAAUGAGUUGUCCAGCCCUGAGACCAGGGAGAAUGCCUUGCUGGAGCUCAGCAAGAAACGGGAAUCAGUUCCAGAUCUGGCACCUAUGCUCUGGCACUCGUGUGGCACCAUCGCUGCCCUCCUACAGGAAAUUGUGAACAUCUAUCCAUCUAUAAACCCACCCACGCUGACAGCUCACCAGUCAAACAGAGUGUGCAAUGCCCUGGCACUGUUACAGUGUGUCGCCUCACACCCAGAGACACGGUCGGCAUUUCUUGCUGCUCAUAUCCCACUUUUCCUUUACCCUUUUCUGCACACUGUGAGCAAAACACGGCCGUUUGAGUACCUGCGUCUCACAAGCCUUGGAGUCAUAGGUGCCUUGGUCAAGACAGAUGAACAAGAAGUGAUUAACUUCCUCCUCACUACUGAAAUCAUUCCACUGUGUCUCCGCAUCAUGGAGUCGGGGAGUGAACUCUCCAAAACGGUUGCUACUUUCAUUCUGCAGAAGAUCCUGUUGGAUGACACAGGGCUGGCCUAUAUAUGUCAGACAUACGAACGCUUCUCCCAUGUGGCAAUGAUCCUUGGUAAAAUGGUAUUGCAACUCUCUAAAGAACCAUCUGCACGCCUGCUCAAGCAUGUUGUGCGCUGCUACCUUCGCCUCUCAGAUAAUCUCAGAGCCCGAGAAGCCCUACGCCAGUGUCUGCCAGACCAGCUGAAGGACAGCACCUUUGCCCAAGUAUUGAAGGAUGACACCACCACCAAGCGCUGGCUGGGUCAGCUGGUCAAGAACCUGCAGGAGGGCCAGGUCACUGAUGCCAGGGGCAUCCCGCUGGCCACGCAAUGAUGUGGACAGAGCGUGCGUUUACAAUGUACACACCCAAGGACACACACUGUCAUCACUGUCUGGUUUGAAUGCCAAAGAACGGUGAUGCUAAGACAGUCUGUAAAACUAAGGGAGAUGUAAAGUAACUGAAGUAGAUUUUUCUGCUUUUGGAUAGUUAGAUUUUUUUCCCACCAAAUUUUCUGCCAGUACUUAAAAGAUGGCCAAGAACAGAACUGAAAUGAUUAUUUUUUGUUUUUGUUUUGUUUUUUCCUCUCUUGGGAAUAUCACCCGGUUUUUCUGUAACAUUCCACAACAAAGCAAUAACUGUCUAUUAUUUUUGCCUAUUACAUUUCAAAUAAUAACAAUUGUUUUUGGAUGUGCUAUUUGGUUGUAUCCCUUUCUUGCCAAGCUCACGAGGAACUAAAAGAUAACACGAGAGAUAAUUUGUAUCUUGGGUGAAACCUCAGGAACUGGAGUCAGAGGUCAUUUAUAAUUAAACUGUGUAUUCCACACUG